AACCCUUCUUCCCCAAAUUCCAUCUCUACCAGAGGAAUGUCUGAUGGCUCAAGGCUACGGGAAUCUUGGUACAUUGCGCUGAAUGAUGCCGAAAGUCGAUUUCGUCAACUGCUCACCUCUCCCUCAAACGAGUGGAAACGUGUAGUCCACUCUUCAGCAAACGCUACUUCAUCUGGCAAGGGGAAAGGUAAAGCCAGAGCACCUUCCUCUCUGCCCGAGGUUACAGACGUUGUGGUUCAUCGCAACUCAACUCAAUCCCGGGAAGACACAUAUCGACUCGUCCUCGAAGUACCGGCUGGUGAAGAUCUGGUUUCUUUAGAGCCUUGGCGAGCAGUAUUAUCAACUCCAGAGCUGAGGCAGGAGUGGGAUCCCGCAGUCAUUGACGCGCACCUCAUGGAGACGUUCGAUUAUGAGACCAGGAUUAUCAAGACAAACUUUACACUGGGGUGGCCUGCAAAUCCAAGGGACACAGUAACGAUUGCACGAACAAUACACGACCAUUCCACAGUCAUAGACAUUGCCACCUCCUUGCCUCGUUCGCCCGACGAGCCCGCCUAUCUUCGUCCUUCACCCCCGUAUGUGCGAUCCCACGUUUCGCUAUUCUCUUGGUGUAUUCAACAUAUAAAGCUCCCCCGAGCCCCCACUGAUAUCGAACAACAGCCGAAACGUCGGAAGUCAUUAGGUGGAAAGUUACGAAUAACAUGCUAUUGGCAACACGACCUUCGUGCCAUCUGGAAUGUUGGAUCCCCGGGAAACAUGGCAUGCCAGCUCUCUUCAAUGGUCCUUGGUCUUCUGAAGACUACCCUCAAGCGGGCAACAAGGAUCCCCAAGUUAGUUGGUUAUGGAUAUGGAGUGAACAUUGAGAGGAUACGGUUUCAAAAUGAUAGGGAGGCAUUGACAGUUGAUUAUGCUGUCAUUCCGGAAGACGAGGAACACCAAGAAGCACGGUUAGAUUCAUGGAAAACAUCCGGUCUUGAGGCAUUACACGUAAUACGAGAAAGAAGAAGACUGACGCGUGCAUUGGAGUACUCUUUGCCUGCAUCGGAAGGAUGGGACGUGCAGUUAUUGACCAGGGCAUCGUCAGAAGAGGUUGAAAAUCUACCUUGGACUGCCCUUGCCUUUCGCAGCAGUUCGAGCUCUCUUCUUUCUUCUUCAGUCACUCCGCUACCACUGGAUCAAAUCUUACUCCGUUUAACUCAUGCGCCCCUUAUAGACGACCAUUCCAUAUUGAAGGUUACUAUCGUCAUUGAAAUUUCAGGUCCUUCUAGCGGAUUGCGUUUGAAUGGCGUUCCUCAGACGAUCCAAGAUUCUGAAAACGGCCGAUUCCCAGCCAAUGGUAUUGGAACGCAGCAAAUUUUUCAGGACUUGGCCAGCGCGAUGGGCAUCAGCACAGCUGAAUCCUCAUCCAUUGGGAGCGCUAGCAUCGGUAGCAGCUCUGCGUCAUUAACUUCCUCAGUUCCCGUCCUCUCAAAGGAAAGGAGUGCAGCGGCCGAGAAAACCAUUUUGGCAAGGAUCAAGAGGAGCUACAUAUAUUUCUCGUCAUUACUGCAGGAACCCGAGGCCAAAUGGAAGAGGACGACGGAGGCUCGAGGGGUCACUGUAACGCAAUUAGACUCUAUCGACCCUACGCUGGUGGUGUACAAUGCAGAGGCCACCUUUGUGGGUGUCAAUAUAUGGGACCUUUACGCUGCAGUUGUAUCUCAUGGUGUAAAGGAAUAUUGGGAUAAGCAACACGAAGAUGCAAUCCUUCUUGAUGAUGUGAACGAAUUGACGGAGUUGUGGCAUCUCAAAACGAGAGCAGCUUGGCCUGUCAAUGGAAGAGACUCGGUCGUGCUUAAAACUGUAUAUAAGUCUCCCACAACCAUACACGUGUUCUCGUUUUCCGCUGAUGAUCUUGCACAUCUCUUUCCUCCGGGUCUUAUUCCUCCACCUGCCUCCUCAACAGCUGCAAACACAGGGACAAUCUCGUCUUCCUCCUCUGUCAAUGCCAGUGUCAUUCGCACUCAAGUUGAUCUUCGCGGUUGGGCGAUCGAGGCACUCUCUCCCACGACAACUCGACUUACCCUUCUUGAACAAUCAGACCCAAAAGGGUGGGCUAAUAAAACAUCUAUACCAACGACCAUGAUCAGUGCGCUUGCCGGGAUUGGAGAUUUUGCCAUCAAAUGGGGGGGAGUGCCGAUUGUAACAAGAUUAGCAGGGGCUAAGAAGACUGAGGUGAAAUACGAGCAUGAGCGUAGGAGUUGGAGAGUCGAAUACGAGCCUCUCGCUCCCUCGAAAGCUAACGAAGAAGCCGGUGGCACUAUCUUGACCACCCCUGUCAUCGAAUGCGAGAUAAGAUGUGAUAUGGAUCUUUGGUCACCCACUUCUUUAGAUAUUAUUGUGGACCCCCCACCUCAGGCCAUAUCAUGUUUACGUCGACAUCGGCUCUCGCCUGAAGGAGGUGGCGUUUGGUUAACGAUAACGCAUCAAGAUGCAGUCUUUAUCGAGGACGAACGGCUUAUGAUCAUAGUUCGCCGCGGGCCUAGUAUCGGCUCAGGAGGUAGUAACAGCGCGGGAGGGUUCGUCAUGGUGAAUGGGGAGCGGAUUGAAGUCGAUUACGAGGAGAUGGAUGAGGACGAAAUUCGGAAUGCCAGGGUACAAAAGCGGGUCAAGCCUACGAGGGUUCCUCUAGAUCAACCACCUGUAGCAGGGGUCAUCCGCAAGAGAAGAGAAAUGGAAGGGGACAAUAACGACUCUGCAAUGUUCAACACAACCGCCAAUGCAAGCGCAACACCGAAGAUCUCAAGCCCGUUGGCCCGAUUGUUUACCUAUGCUGUUGAUCAAACUCAGCAAACUAUCGCUGCCAUUGCUCCAACUGAGGGGCAGAAUCUCCAAGAUGAUGAUUCAUCGCAGGAAAUUCCCACUGCAAAUAAAACGCCAAUGCAGCAUGCACUUGACGCGCUUACCUGGACCCAAGAUUUUCACGCGAAUCCGUUGUUGGCGGGUUGGGUGAAUGUCAACGAGAGGCCUGGGAUAAUAGUCAAACGGAGGGUCAUUAAUGAGGUUUCCGGUGUUGUGCCGGUGUUCAAGGGUGAGAAGGUGAUAGAAGGCGUACACGCAGAGGACUUGGCUGCAGUCAUUGGAGAGUUGACCUUAGACGGCGGAAAUGGAGGCAUUAGCAGGAAGAAAUGGGACGAUAGAUAUGAAGAGGAAAGGGUGUUGCAGAGGUACGAAGGAGGUGGUAGGGCUAGCUUUGUCAUUGGAAAAUCCGGAUUUCCAUUCAGGGACCGAGGCUUCUAUGUAGCAACACUCGUAGCAAGGGAGCAGGACACCAUUCCUGGUAUGUCUAGACGGAACACAGCGAUUCCAGCCACCGACACCAGCAACGGUGUCGACCCUGGUACCAAAACGCCUUCAACUGCAACAAACAGUCCUGCCAUAUACAUUGUCUCCACAUCCUUUAACCCUUCGACCCUUUCCAUGCCAUUCGAUUCCUCCAUAUAUAAUCCUUAUACACUACCUGUAGGCCGAAUCCACUUGGAUGCUUGGAUCCUCGAAACUCUCGACCCGUACAAUACCAAAGAAAAUUAUGCCGUACCUUCGGCAAGGUGUACACGGUUGACUUGUGUUGAUUACAACGGCGCAGUUGUGAAUUCUAUGGUGUUCAACUACAACGGUGGUUAUAUGGUCCGGGCGCUUAUGGGACUCGACGUAAACAUGCGAGAACGACGAGCGCCGGUGAUGCGGACUCCAGCACAAGGCUUGGUGCUGAAAGGGCGACGAGAUGACGAUGAAGAGGAUGUCGCAGAUGGAGAUAUGUUCCGGAAAAUGCAGAAAAGAACAUGGAGGAUAGGUGCUGAGGGUGGCAAAGUAGGAUGGAGAUCCAUUGACACGAUCUGGAGAGGUGAGAGCUGGAGAGAGAAACGAACUAUGGUGGAUAGUAAAUUCGACGUUGGGAAGAACUCCUUUGAAGCUUUGGUUCUAGUGAAUUACUCGUGCGAGAGAAAGACGAAAUUGAAUCAGUCCGAAGAGGCAACUCAAGAUCCCUUCACAUCCAAGGUUGACAAGUCGAAUAGUAACUACCCAUCUUUUUCAUCAGCGGUGGUUAGCAAUGCAGAGAAAAACCCAUCCACAUCCCCUUCCCCACCACCUGCCUCUACAAGGACACUCAGCCCUUUGCCCGACCGAAAUCGCAGGGAACGUACGCUAUCCAAUAUCUCCUCAACCUCAUCCACCACCGCCACACCAGAAACACCUCCUGUCGUUCUCCGUGGUCGUUCCGAUUUACGUUUUCACCGGGGCAAUAAAGGAUAUGACGAUUUCCUUGUCGGUGAAUGGGUAAUUGACUUACACCUGUACCCUGAAGGAUACGAGGUUGCCGUACGAACGCGCGUCUUGCAAGAGAAUAAUAAUAAGAGCAAGGGCCUGAUUGAGCUAGAGUCGGUUUUUGAAGAUCCAGAAGUCGAGAAAGUGGUGUUUCCAUUCAUAUACCGUAUCUGCAGGCUAUCUGUCUCCCUCUAUCAGGGUGGAAUUGGGUUUCUGGGCCCUUCAACCUCCCCUGUUCCGCAGGCCGACGACGCAGCCGACGAACGAGCGGCUAAGCACCUUCUAAAGAUAUCUCUGCCAACGGGAGAGUACUUGAAGGCCUAUGGGCAACUACAUCAAGAAACGAUUAAGGAUCCGCUAACGGGAGAAAUCAGGGAACCUAGAGAGGUCGAGUUCCCCAAGUGGGUACACGCUCUUGGCGUUGGAACAUUGAAGGGGGAAGAUCCCUCGAAUGUGAUCGUUGGUGUUGAGAUUCGGCCUAGCACUAGCGGGAAGAGCGGAAUCAAACGACGAAGAAAGGUGGUCGUGUUUGACGAUAGCUGCAGGGCGGAAGGCAAGGAGAUCAAUGUUGUUGAUGAGAAAGAAAGCUUUCCGAGGGAACAGGCUUAUAGCCUUGUCGACAGAGUGAGGAAUGAACCAGGUCUCAUACCAUCGGGACUUGAAAAGCCGAUAGCCAUCCGUAAACAGCUCGUAGACCACGCUGCAUUGGAAGCCGAGGUCUUGAAGCAGGACGAGUCGAGUUCCGGCUCUACCGUGGCUCGUGAUAUCGUUGAUGAAGGCAAGAAAUCUCUUGGGGCUCUGGAGGGUGAAGCUGGCGAGACCGCAGAGAAAAUUCUGUCUACCUCUUCAGCGGAUGACGCUAGUGCUGGUGUGCAGAUUCCGUCUUUGAACCAUCUCAACCAUGACAAGGGAGGUUUUCUUGGAAUCGGUCAUAGGCUGGGGUCCUUAUUGCAGAUGUCGCGGGAAACGGGUGGAACUGGAACUGGGGAGGACAGUUCCAAAGCUCAAGGAGACACCAAUAAGGAUAGGAUUGGCGAUUCCACGUCCCCAAGGCUUGAUUCUAUAAAUGUGGUCGAAACUACUCAACGGAACGUGAAACACGGCUGGUGGAUGUUCAUGAUAGUGGCUGUUAUAGCGUUUUUACUUGGCAGCUUUAUGAGAUCGCUUUUGGAGCCAACGGACUUUGUGUAUGUCGCGUCAACGGAAGGACAUAUCGCGAGUGCUGGAGAAUGGAGGGAAGUCAAGAGGAUUAUGGAAUUGCCAUCAGGUAGGAGUUGGGAUUUAUGGAUCGGGUUUGUGAGACGGCGAUGAUGUCGUAUACUAUACAUAUUGAGUGUAAUGAACACAAUAUACUAUUGUAUCAGUAUAAUUAUUACAUAGCGUACAACCUAGAACGAGUACAGUAUAUGCUGUGCAGAUCCAGGACUGGGGCAAAUUUGGAUAUUUUCGGUGGUUGUGGUAACUUUAAAUUCUAGGUCGUGAAAUGGCAGCAGUAAUACUACGAGAUGACUUCACUGUCUCACUAGUAUCGGGCGAAUUCGGUGGUUUGGAUGGGCUCUACCGGCAUUAACGCGGUCGGUUGACUGGUAUCGUAGGGUUCAUGAGCUUCAGGCGUUCUUAGUCGAGAUUCCAGUCUCAUCCCAGUGUGGCAAGACAAGGACAGGUAUGUUGUGCAGGCUGUCGACGAAGCAAGGCAGCGUGGGAAUGGUGAGUGGUCAGAUCGCCGC